GGGAAUGGAGUACCUUUACAGCCAGAUUGGCAAAACACUUACUCCAGUGCUCCAGAACCCAGAGGAGGAAGACAGGCUGGUGGAGGAAGUUGAUGAUCAGGACCUGCAAGAUGAGGGGUUUGAGGAAGAGAUCAUGGAGGACAUCACAGUUCCAGUGCUGUAUGAGGAUGACCCUUGCCGUGAUCUUGAAAACAGCCCCUCAUCUAUGCCUCUGCAUCAGUCCCCAGCAUCGAUGGCUGAGCCGUCCACAUCAUCAUCUCCUGGUGGAGAACGACAGCAUCUUGCCCCUGCCCCUUCAGUGCUGUCACAGCCAUCUGACACUGGAAGCAGUAUUUCCGACGAGGCUCAGGGAGCAGUCAUUGGACCCGAUGACAUCGCUGGGUGGGACAAGGUCCAGGAUUUGGCUGGUUUCCUGGUGGGUCUUCGUGAGGCUCCUUACCUUACUGACCAGCAGGUGACAGAGGCUAUCCAGCUGUGGACAGCUCUCCUAGAUUUCGACAAACAGCGGAUCAACUAUCAGCCUCGACAUCAGCCUCAGCUGACACAUGGGCGCUAUAAGGCACCGAAGCGGUCUGGAGUCACACCAGGUGUGGAGAGUGUGAAACGGUGUCUGAUUGGACAUCCUGGGGGUCCAGCGCAGUGGCCCGACGCCAACCGCUUGGUUCAUACCAUUUGUAUGAAGCUGUGUGCUUUACACAAGUCGCCAACCAAGAAAGAUGGAUUUUGCACCCCCAGGUGGUCUAAAGUUCUUUAAGAUUACCACCACAUCCGAGAGUUGGUGCUUAACAAUCCCACGCUGAUGGAUGAAACAACGAUCCAGCUGUUUGAGAUAAACCAUAGGACAUUCACUCAGUGGUUUCGUAAGUGGAAGAAUAGACAGGAAAUGGGCGUCCUCGGUCAGGGUCUGACCCCAUAUAACCCAAUUGCUGUGGCUGAUACGCACCUGCCUCCACUGAGGGAAAAAUUGAAUGAAGUACAUUCGACAUCAGGC